AUGUCUCACGCCUCCAAAAACCGGCUAUCACAGUACUCGACGGGGUCGAUCCCGUCGCGGUCGCGGCCCGCUUCGUUCCUCUUCCCGGCCUUCCACUCCAGCCUCUCUUAUACCACGGUCCGAGAUUUCGCCUACCCGUCCGCGCACCCGAUGCACUAUGGUCCGCCUCCAGAGCCCUCGAGACCGCCUUCGGGCAUGACUACCCCCGCUAGCGAGACUCGACGAUUAUCGGACCCGCCCAUGUCGUGGGAAAGCAAGAUGGGCUGGGAUUGGACCUCAGAUGGCGGGCUCGGCAAGGGCGGCGAGCUACCCCCGAUCCGCUUCCACGAUGGCCCCCCUUGGAGCGAAGACGAGGAUCUGCAAAGUCCUGUAGUGAGCUCACGUCACAGGAAGCACAAGUCGACCUCUGCUGCCAUAGGACAUCAUAAAUCCCGGAGCUCGAGGGACGGAGCCGAAUCCUCGAUGCUGAGCAAAGUGGGUGCCGAUAGGGGAUAUUAUGUCGGGACAAGCGGCGACGGAAGUCAGACCUACUACGUGGGUCAGGGUGGGGAAGCGAACGGCCCGGGAGGAGAGUACGUUACGUAUCCAUCCGGCCAACCUCAGCAUGCUGUCAAUUCAUAUCAGAAUCCGGACCAGCAGCCGCGGAAUUACGCAGAAAAUGACGGAUAUCGAUCCGAAUCGGAUGCUUCGAGCCCUACUUCGUCCCCGAGUUUUCAUCCGUACGACGAGUCGAGAUAUUCAAGAGACUACCAGUUCACGAUCACCUCGCCCGAUGAGGAAAUGCACGGCAAGGCCGUCGCGUUAUUCGACUUCGAGAGGGAGAACGAAAACGAGCUCCCGCUAGUUGAGGGCCAAAUCAUAUGGGUAUCGUAUCGACACGGACAGGGCUGGCUCGUCGCAGAGGACCCCAAAACCCAGGAGAGCGGCUUGGUGCCGGAGGAAUACGUCCGGCUACUCCGUGAUAUCGAGGGCGGGAUGGUAAGCCUGACUGGCCAGGACGGCGGCUCGGGGACUCCUAACGACGCUGGUACGCCGACGCAAGCUGAGCCUAGUGGCCAGUCGAUACCGUCUCAGACCACGCACGUCUCACAGCCUGGGCAUAUCUCGACAGGAAGUAACUCGACGAAUGGCUACCACCAACCUGUCGUCUCGACAUUCUCAACCUCUAGCAAGGAUUUGGACCCGUACCCCCAGCAUCUGCUCGGACAGCACGGACAGCCGCCCCCGCAAGUGGUACACUAUCACGGCCAACGUGGAGGUAGUCAAGCAAACACGCCUACCGGUCUACAUUCCUUCAGCGAAGCGCCCCUGGAUCUCCGAAGCAGCCAGGAUGUCAACCACAAUAGCACCACAUCCGGGAAGCCGCAAACACUUGAAGUUUUGCCCCACGUGAGAAUGAGCCCUCCGGCCGAGGAAAUCAGUGUUGAGGGUGAGAACGAGCAGAAAUCCCGGGAACGAUAG